CAGUUCUCCAGCAGCCUCCACCUGCACCAUCCACCUCUCACCAUGUCUUCAGUCCGCAUCGGCCAAAGCAGCUACAGCUCCCGCAGCAUCUCCACCUCCAGCGCCCUGGGCCACAGCGGAGGGAUGCAGAUCCUCCGCGGAGGACAGACUCGCAUCUCCACCGGUGGGUCCAUCCUGAACCGCGCACCCAGCAUGUAUGGGGGAGCGGGGGGUUACGGGACCCGCAUCUCCCAGUCUGAGUUCUCCUUCGGCUCCGGGUCAAUGACCCCGUACAGCGAGACUUCAGUCAUCAGCAAUGAGAAGGGGACCAUGCAGAACCUCAACGACCGACUGGCCAUCUACCUGGAUAAGGUGCGCUCCCUGGAGGCGGCCAACAGGAAGCUGGAGCUGCAGAUCAGGGAGUUCUAUGAGAAGAGAACCUACGUGUCCAGAGACCUGACCGGAUACUUCGCCACCAUCACUGACCUCAACGCGCAGAUCGUAAGGAGGCGCUUGGAGAAUAAUAGCGUCAUCCUGCAGCUUGACAACGCUCAGCUGGCUGCUGACGACUUUAAAAUGAAGUACGAGACGGAGCUGAACAUGCGCAUGGUGUUGGAGUCCGACUUGUUACGUUACAGAGGGAUCAGAGACAGCGUGACUCUGAACAUCAGCGACCUGGAGAUGCAGAUAGAGGGUAUGACAGAGGAGCUGGCCUAUACCAAGAGCAACCACCUGGAGGAGAUGCGUCUGCUGAGGACCCAGCAGAGUGGUAAUGUGAACGUGGAGGUGGACAGUUCAGGCUCAAUGGAUCUGAUGAAGGCCCUGGAGGAAAUGAGGGAGUACUAUGAGACUGUGGUGUUGAAGAGCAAGCAAGACGUUGAGAAGUGGUACGAAGAAAAGAUGGCUGGUAUCAGUGUGGUCAUCACUACGACCUCCACAGAAGUGAAGACAUACUACACACAGCUGGCAGAGCUGAAGAGGACCUUCCAGAGUUUGGAUAUAUCUCGGCAAAGCGCCUUGACAGAGUUUCAGUGCAUGCAGCAGAAUGUGGAGGAGGUGAACAGUCGAUACAGCAUUCAGCUCAGCCAGCUGCAGGUGACCAUUAACUAUCUGGAGGAGGAGCUGCAACGGAUGAGAGACUCCAUAGAGCAGCAGCAAUCGGAGCACAACCUGCUGCUGGACAUCAAGAUGAGGCUGGAGCUGGAGAUCGCCGAGUACAGGAGGCUGCUGGAGGGAGAGCAGUACGAGAAAAAGACUGUGAUCAUCAGCAAGACGGUGGAGGAGCAUAAACCCCACAUCGAGAGGAGAGUGAAGACCAUUGUGGAGGAGAUUGUUGAUGGAAAGGUGGUGUCCUCCUCCGUCGACACCCAAGUGGAAGACAUUCAGUGAAACCUCUGAAACUGACCUUACUUUUUUUUUACCAUUCGACCCGUAAUCAUUAACAACCCUAUAACAUAUCUGCUUGAAAAAGGACAUACAAGAGUUAAUUCAUGUAACUUCAGGGGGAAUUGUCAGAGCGUUAUCUCUCAUUUCUUUUGAUUGUAUCUUACAGUGGGGUUGCAGCUGGUGAAUAUCUUGCCUUGGCAGAUGCUCGCUCUGAUUAUUAUGACACCAAAACAAUGAAUAAAAAUCAGAGAACAAAGAAAGAUCUGUAUUUUCAAUCACAAGUGUGUUUUACAAGAUUCAUUUGAAUAUUGUUUUAGUUUGAUCGUAGAUGUACCUUAGUCAGUGUACCUUGCAUAGUCCAAUUAAGGUAACUGAAAGACAAGGAUGAUUUUUUUUUUCAUGGGAGGUAUGGGUAUAGGUAUGGGUAGAGGUAUAGGUAAUAGGGGUAUGCGAAGUGGUGUUUUGAGUGUAAUUUCUCUCAUGACCACCAGAUGUCACCUUUGUAUUUCUUUCUGAAAAGAGA